AUCAGAAACUGCUCUUUAGUUGGAAUUUUUAUCAAGACCACGUUGUGUAAGAAAAUUCGAGGUUGUCAUGGAUGUCCCACCUAACCAGUCACUGUAUAUCAACAAUCUGAAUGAGAAAGUCAAGAAGGAAGAAUUGAAGAAGUCGCUGUACGCCAUUUUCUCUCAGUUUGGGCCGAUACUCGACAUUGUGGCUCUCAAGACACUCAAGAUGAGAGGACAAGCAUUCGUGGUGUUCUCUGAUAUACCCAGUGCCAGCAAUGCUCUGAGAUCCAUGCAGGGGUUCCCAUUCUAUGAUAAACCCAUGAGAAUAACCUACGCAAAGUCAAAGUCUGAUGCCGUGUCUAAACAAGAUGGUACCUUUGUGGAGAAGAAGAAGAGAAAGCCAGAGGAGACUGAUAGUGGACCCACUGCCAAGAAGCCAGCCAAGGCCUCUAAGGACGGGACCACACCCCAGCAGCCCGCCACCCACAAGAGCUCCUCCUCCUCCGGACGUGAGCAACCCAACAAGAUCCUGUUCCUCACCAGUUUGCCUGAAGAGACUAACGAACAAAUGCUCACAAUGCUAUUUCAACAGUUCCCAGGUUAUAAGGAGGUUCGACUGGUCCCUGGAAGAUCUGAUAUUGCCUUUGUAGAGUUUGAUACUGAGUUACAAUCGACGGAGGCCAAGACUUCUCUACAAGGCUUCAAGAUCACGCCCACCAACGCUAUGACUAUUGCAUUUGCAAAGAAAUAAACACUCUUGUUAGUAAUGAACAGUUUCUAGAGUUAUUUUUUAUUUAUUCUGUAGUCUCUGAGAAUUCUUGAAUAAUGCUCUUGUUAUUACG